AUGGCGACGGGAUUACUGACUCCGAGGAGACGAACCUCGUUUCUGAGUAAUGACGGCUCAAAAUCCAGAGAGAGUUUCAACGAUAAUCUAUCGACCAAGGUACUCGCGUCACCAUUGCAGGCGUACAAGUAUGAGAAUAAUCGGAGAUAUCAUGCUUAUCGUGAAGGCUCGUACUGGGGUCCAAACGAUGAGCAAGAUGCAUUCCAUCAAAGAGUUGCACACCAUCUCUUCACUUUAGUGCUGCAAGACAGACUCUAUCUCGCGCCGAUCCCACAACCUCAUCAUGUCCUCGACAUCGGCACCGGCAUAGGACUAUGGGCUAGCAACAUCUCCGACGCCCACCCUACAACUCAAAUCCUCGGCACCGAUCUUUCACCCAUUUGGCACGACGAUGCCUUAACCCGACCAAAUCUAACCUUUGAAGUCGACGACUGCUGCUCAAACUGGACCUAUCUCGACGAAGGGCGCGAAUUGUUUGAUCUCAUCCACAUCCGCUGUUUGUACGGCAGCGUCAAGGACUGGCGGAAAUUGUAUCAGCAGGCCUUUGAGCAUUUGGUGCCCGGUAAGGGGUUCAUUGAGCAGAUUGAGGUUUCAUUGGUGCCGAGGUUUUGGUAUACGGCCGGAGAUACAAGAGAAGUCGGAAAUGAUUUCAGUCAGUUGUGGGAUAUGGGGUGGGAUUGCGAUUCGACUGCUGCCGAUUUUGCCAGGGACAAUUCUUCAGACUCGAUUUUUGUUAUGUGGUACAGAUUUUGGCAAGAGUGCAGCCGGCGAACUGGUAAGACGUGGUUUGUCGCGGAUCAAAUGGCCAGUUUGAUUUAUGAAGUGGGCUUUGAUAAUGUGUGCCAGACGCGGUAUAUGUUACCCCUUUUCGACGUGGAAGGAACCUCGUCCCCUAUUUUUACUACCACUGCUACCACUGGUAUAUGCGAGAAAUUGUUAGGAGGCUAUACGGAUUAUCCAGUCUCGCGCGUUGCAGAGAUUGCACGAUGGUUUCGACAGUUUUGGGAGACCGGGAUGGAAGGGUGGGUUUUGGCUGUUAGUACGCGAUAUCUGGGCUGGACGGCGGAUGAAGCGAAAGAAUUCGUGGUCCAGACGAAGGAGGCGAUUGCAGAACAAAAUAGUAAGGUUUACUAUGAAUUGGUGGUGGUAUAUGGGCAGAGACCGUUGUCGGAAGGAGAGAAAUGA